GGGAACUGCAAACAAUGUUACAAAGCAUAAACCUUUCUUUAGCCCUAAUUUCUUCUUUCCCUUUUCCCUUCCUCUCCAUCCCUGUUCCUGCUAAUCUCCUAUCAUUUCUCUUUCUGUUGCCAUCUGAUGCCGCCACAUCUUCGCUACAGAUCAUGACAGUUACCAUAAAUGCGAUCAAUCGGGUUUGCUUGACUUGCUUACCCUUCUUAUUUCUCUCUUUGCCCUCUUAUAAUCACACCAAUUUCUCACUCUGUGAUCCACUCGUCUAAUCUACUGCUCUCGCAUCAUCCCCUACUUCUUCCAAGCUGUUAGUUUUGGUGACCAUUGACAUUUUUGGAGUAUUUUUUUGUUCGAUUUUUCAUUUUUUUUGGUGGUUUCGGUUUGAUUCCAGCUAUGGAAGAGAGGAGUAGGGGUUUAUAAACGGAAACUUGAGAAAAGGUGGCCAGAGAGAAAGCGAGAUUUUUAAGGUGAUAUUUGGAUGAUACAGAAGGUCUUCCAGGCUUGGUCUUAAGAUGAAUCGAAAAACUAGUGGGGUUUCUAGAGGUCAGAGGUCAAAGAAUUUUCAUGGUGAGGGGCCAAAUUGGAUUCUUAUUGCAGGUGGCGCCCUGUUGAGUACUUUGUCAAUUCGCCUUGGUUUCAAGCUGAAGCAAGCACUUGAUUCAAAGCAGCAAGCAAAUGCUACCAGCAGCCUGAAAGGGAAGGGGACUUCUGACAGGAGGAGGUCGCAGGGUUGCCAUUUGCGCUCAAAUAUGUAUUCCUUUACACAGGAUGUGGAUGUUGAUGGUUGCUUCAACUGUAUUUCAGCAGGAACUGAGGGUGUUCAGAUGAAGCACGCACCCAACAGCCAGGUGCUGUCUGAAUCUGAUGUAUGCCUGCCUUUGGUGGCAGUUACCACCCCCGAAUUUAACAAGGAGAAUGGAGUUAUUUGGGCAUCAUCUCCUGAUCGCCUUGAAAUGCCUCCAAAGCCAUUUCAUCAUUCAAACUGUUCAGAUUCUCCAUGUGUCUCAGAAUCUGGGUCUGAUAUCUUCAGUAAACGAGAAGUGAUACAUAAACUACGGCAGCAGUUGAAGAGAAGAGAUGAUAUGAUGCUGGAGAUGCAGGAUCAGAUUAUGGAGUUGCAGAAUUCACUUAAUGCUCAGCUUGCACACUCAAGUCAUUUGCAGUCACAACUUGAUGCUGCUAACAGGGACCUCUUCGACUCUGAGAGAGAAAUACAGAGGCUUAGGAAGGCAAUUGCUGAUCACUGUGUAGGGCAUAAGAGUUCAAAUGAGAAGGCUUCCCAAGUUGCAACUUGGGCAUCUGAUGCCAGAAAUGGCCAUGCAAAUGGAUAUGUGGAUGGGGAAGGGAACUAUGAGUCCUCACCUGGAAGGGGAGGAUUUGAUGGGGAGAGAAUUGAUAUGUUGAAGAGGGAAGUUGGAGAAUUGAAGGAAGUAAUAGAGGGGAAGGAGUAUUUGCUACAGAGCUACAAAGAGCAGAAGGCAGAGCUCUCAAUGAAGAUUAAAGAGUUGCAGCAGAGAUUAGACUCUCAGCUCCCAAAUAUUUUGUAGGUAUUAUUUAGGUAUUGUGAAUUCUUGUUUUCUGCAAUUUUUGGCCUCUCUGUUUUUGGUUCUUUGAUUAUAAAUUCAAAAGGUUUGCAGAAAAUAUGUGAAUAUUGUAGGUACCGUUAGGGUCUUGCUUUAACCUCCGUUGUUUUCCACUAUCCUUGGUUGGUUUGAAUAUUUAAUUCCAAGUUGUGGUCUUGCCCGUGCAAAAGUGAAAUGAAUGUGGGAUAGAAGAGAAGAGAGAAAGAAGAGACUUAGUUGCUUGGCAAAUGUCUGCUUUUCUGCAAUCAAUUUGUCUAAAGGGGGUGAAGCACAUCCUUUCAUUAAGUUUGUUUAUGGGCAUAGAACAGCUUGUAUUUAUUUUCCACGGCACAGUUUACAGAAGGGGUUGCAACA